AGUAGGUAGUUCGGUAGGGAGGGAGAUCAAACUGCGCGCCAUGGGUUUCCCUUUACGCUUCUUAUCAUCAUUGUCGUUGUGCCUCUUGGCCCUCCUCCUCCACCGGGCCAUGGUGACAAGUGGGUGUUUCAGCAUGGAGAGGGAGGCACUGUUGGACUUCAAAGCCGGCAUCCACGACACCCAUAACCGGCUAUCUUCUUGGACGGGUCACCACUGUUGCACAUGGAAGGGAGUGACCUGCGACACCACCACUGGCCACGUCGUCAUGCUCGACCUCCGGAAUACGUUUGAUCGGGCAUUAGGCGGUGAGAGGAUGAUGAACUCGUCAUUGCUUGCUUUAUCACAUCUGGAGCGCCUGGAUCUUAGCUUCAAUGAUUUCAGUGGGAUCCGCAUGCCGGAAUUCAUCGGCUCCUUCAAGAAACUGAGAUACCUCAAUCUAUCUUCUACACGAUUCAUGGGAGGAAUACCUGCUCGGCUGGGGAACCUUUCGAGCCUCUACGUUCUUGAUCUAAGCGUUGCCUUAUACGUCGAUGAUUAUGGAAACGGAUAUCCCGUCGACAACCUCGAGUGGCUCUCCCAUCUCACGUCCUUGAAGCACCUGGACUUGAGCUGGUUGAACCUAACUGGUGUCCCAGAUUGGUUCUCAUCCGUGAACAUGCUGCCAUUCCUCCAAGUGUUAACUAUGUAUGCCGCUGGUCUCAAUACCAUCCCAGCUUCUGUUGUCCACGUCAACUUCACCUCCUCUCUUACCGUCCUUGAUCUCUCCACUAAUAAUUUCGACUCCACCUUACCCAAAUGGUUGUGGAAUAUUAGUGGUCUUACCCAUCUUGAUCUUCAUGAAUCUGGGUUCCAUGGGGUUAUUCCUGAUGCAAUUGGAGACUCGAGGGUACCGUACCGAGAUCCAUGGUUGAUCUCCGUAGACUGAAAGAAUUACAUAUGUUGGACAACCAAUUGACAGGAAAUUUGAGCGAUUUGCUAGAGCAAAUGACGAAUCUCAUCAUUUUGGAUCUCGAAUAUAAUUUAUUCAACGGUUCGAUGCCUUCCUCCGUUGGUAAGUUCUCAAAUCUCACUGAAUUGUAUCUCCGUGGAAAUUCUCUUGGAGGUGUCAUUUCAGAAGUUCAUUUUGAGAAUCUUACGAGAUUGCAAGUGUUGGACUUGUCUUACAACCCCAUCACCAUAUCUAUUGGGCAGAGUUGGGUCCCCCCUUUCCAACUCAGAUUACUAGAUUUAACCAAUUGUCAGUUGGGACCUCAAUUUCCAGAAUGGUUGCAGUUUCAAACACAGAUAGAAGAAUUAUUUUUGAAAGACUGUAAAAUUGCAGGGACAAUGCCCGCUUGGUUUUGGAAUAUUUCAUCUUCUACCAUCACAGAGUUAGACCUUUCCAACAACCAAAUAGGAGGCAAGCUGCCAUCUUCUUUCAAGUUCACCAAGUUGGAAAUGUUAUAUUUAUACUCCAACAGAUUUGAAGGUCCAUUGCCAACGAUGCUACCAUCUACACUUUAUGGUCUAUCUCUUUCCAAUAAUUCCUUUACAGGUCAAUUACUGAUAUGGCCUCAUGUUAAAUUUGUGUUCAUCUCAGAUAACAUGCUUGACGGUGGCUUAUCUUCAUCAAUCUGCCAAUGGACAUUUCUCGAAUACCUUGACCUUUCGAACAACAAAUUACUUGGUGAGAUUCCUUAUUGUCCGGAGGAGUCAUUACAAAAUCUUCGAUUCUUGAAUUUGGGCAACAAUCACUUCUCGGGUGAAAUUCCACACACGAUCGGAUUUUUAAGUGAGCUUCAGCUAUUGCAACUAAAAAAUAACAGUUUUUCGGGUGAGGUUCCUUUGUCAUUGAAAAAUUGUACAGAGUUACAGUUUCUUGAUCUGGCUCAAAAUAAUCUUGUCGGAAGUAUAACGCUAUGGAUGGGAGAAAAUCUACAACAACUGAAAGUACUUCGUCUACGUUCAAAUAUGUUUUUUGGAGUUAUUCCUUGGCAACUUGCUCGAUUUGAACAGCUUCAAAUAUUGGAUCUUGCCAAUAACAACUUCUCUGGAUCAAUACCUCACAACAUUGGUAAUUUAAAUACCAUGAGAUCGACAACACUUUAUAAUGAAUCUUGUGAUUAUGAAUCAGAUGUCUUGUAA